UCUGCGUCAUCUUCUUUCCCCCCCAAAAACAUAUAGUCCAUCUAUACACAGCUCACAUUUCACCACCCACAAAUUCUUUUCCCUCUCCUCUCUCUUUUUCCUUCUCUUGUUAAAUUCACAUCCAUGGAGAUCAAAGAAGACGACUCGACGCUUAUCAAGCUCGAAACAGCGUGUUCAGACCUCAAAAACCUCCUCAAAACGUCAGCUGAAGUAGAGGUGAGUCUCGAGAAAAUGGACAAGAAACUGGACAUAUUUCAAGAAAGUCUAACAACAGCCUCAAGAAGAGUAGCUCCCCUCCAGUCCCUGUCUAUUGCCGCGAAAGCUCUUGACACCCGAAUCAACCGUGCCGUCUCUCCAGCUCUCUCCCUCCUCGACAGCUUCAAGCUCACCGAGUCUCUCCAGCGCCGACUGCUCGAUAUCUCCUCCAAGUUGUCGAGCGAGAAAUUGCAGAAGAAGAGGCUGAAGCGGCUGAAGAAGUAUGUGGAUUGCGUGAACAAGCUUGACGCGGCGAUUAAUUUGAUUAGUCAGGAGUGCGAGCCGGCGAUUCAGAAGCUUCAGGAAGUUGUGGAGUUUUUGAGCAGGACUAAGGCGACUGAUCAGUACAGGACGCAUAGAUUGAAAGAGACUUUGAUGACGCUUAAGGCUCUGUAUGAAACCGAGGUUGAUGCUAUGAGGUUUGAUGGGUUGCUUGAUGAGGCUUUGCUUAGUUUGCAAGAUGAGUUUGAGGGUUUAUUGCAGCAACUGAGGCAUCGGAAUAUAGGUGAGAUGGCAGCAGUGGCGGCGCAAAGUGAGGUUGAUACGGCGGAGGAGGAGGAGGAGGUGGUGGUGGCUUGGAAUUUGGGUACUGAGUUGGAGGUUGAAGUUUUGAGGCAAAUUUCAGAGACACUUGCUGCCAAUGAUUGCUUGGAUAUCUGUAUCGAAAUCUUUGUGAAGGUGAGAUACAGAAGGGCAGCAAAAGCAUUGAUGAAGUUAAACCCAGACUACCUCCGAACAUACACUCCAGAAGAAAUCAACGAGAUGGAAUGGGAGACCUUAGAAACCGCCAUAACUCUGUGGAUCCAACACUUCGAACUCGCAGUCAAAAAAGUCCUCGUAUCGGAAAAAAACCUCUGCAACCAAGUCCUGGGUCAAAUCAUGGACGGCCUAAUCAUAUGGCAAGAAUGCUUCGUCAAGAUCGCAGACAAAAUCAUGGCCGUCUUCUUCAGAUUCGGCGAAGGCGUCGCCAGAAGCAGCAAAGAGCCCCAAAAGCUAUUCAAAUUGCUAGACAUGUUUGAUUCUCUUGAAAAUCUGAAAACUCAAUUCUCCGUAGUCUUCGAAGGCGAGGCUGGAGCCGAUAUUUGUCUCCGGUUUCGAGAACUCGAGAAGCUUCUGGUCCAUGCGGCCAGCAAGGUGUUUUGGGAGUUUGGGUUGCAGAUUGAAGGGAAUCAGGAUGGGCUUCCGCCACCGCCGGAUGGGUCGAUUCCGAAACUGGUUCGGUACGCUACGAACUAUUUGAAGUAUCUUGCGACGGAGACUUAUAGCGUGCCCAUGGCGAAAGUUCUUCGGACUGAACAUAUAUGGAAAGCUGGUGUGCUGUCGAAGCCGGAGACUCAUGAGAAUUUGCUUAAGAACGCCAUUGCUAAUGUUAUGGAAGCGCUUAAGAGGAAUGUGGAGGCCAAACGAUCACGCUACAACAAGGACAAGGUACUUCCCCAUGUGUUCGGCAUGAACACCUGCUGGUACAUCUACAUGAGAACUAGAAACACUGAGCUCGGAAAGUUAUUGGGCGAGCAAUACAUGAAGAAGAGGUACAAGGUUGUCGCAGAGGAAUCAGCUUACCUAUAUCAGAAGCAAGCUUGGGGGUCCCUAGUAAGACUACUAGACAAGGAAGACACAAAUAGACUUAACAAUGAAGCCAUUAAUGGAACUCUAAUUCGAGGGAAAUUGGAAGCUUUCAUGAACACUUUCAACGAGGUCUCUCAAAGGCAUCGAAGCUCUUAUAGCAUACCUGAUGUGGAUUUGAGAACUCAGAUUAGGGAAGCUACUGUGAAGCUUGUCGUGCCGGCUUAUACUGACUUCUUGAACACUUAUGCCUCUGUUUUACAAGUAAAGUCGUGCUUAUCGCCAGAGGCAAUUGAGGGAUUGGUGGGUCAAAUUUUUGAGGGCGGUGAUAGAGAGAAAGAAGGAAAGAUGAAACUUAGGCGUCGAGAAUCAAAGGAUCGGAUGGAGGAGAGGCAGUCCGAAUCAAUUGAGCGAUCGCAUGAGAUCAAAGAUUUUCGACGGUCAAAAUCAAAUACUAGUGAUGCAUGAAAAGGCAUUCAAAUUUUGUCCCAUUGGUCUCCAUAUUUUCAUCAUGCAUUCGAGAGGUACUAAACCUCCAAAUUUCCUAAUCUAUGCACAUUUUUGUGCAAGUACACAGUUAUAGUCGAUUUUCAUGUCUAUAAGUGUUUUAUUUUACUUUUUGUAUAUUAUUGUGCAAAUAGCACAACUCAUGUGGCUAAGUUGGAUGUCUUGUAUUUCACUUUCUGAGUGAUUAUGAGUUGUUCUGUUUAACAUUUUGUUACUAUUUUCAUAUGGUUAGAUUGAUGUUCAAAAUGUAGGGAUUUUAGCUGUAUGUGCUGCGUGAAUGGUGCUAUUUUUACUGUUUGGGCAUGUAGAUUACUAUGUGAUAAGGCUUAUCUGGACAUUAUGAAUUAAUAAAUUUUUAAAUAAGUUACCAAAAUUUCAAUAUUU